AUGGGAAAUGAUGGUGGUAGCAUCACUCGAUCGAAAGGGUUGGCUAUAACUGCCAUAAAAGGCUCCAAUGUUGCUACAGAUGACAAUACGGGCGAAUACGCUAAGGAGGCGAAAUGGAGCACAUGUAGGCUAUCAAACAGUCCAUUACAGUUACCUCUUGUAAGCGAUUUCAUGGGAAAUCUUUUAAACAAGGAAGCCGUGUUAGAGUGGCUCCUAGACUCUCAGCAUAAAGGCUAUACAGCGAAACAGGUCGAAAUGUUUAAACAUAUCAAGCGUCUAAAGGAUGUCGUCGAUCUACAUAAUCUAACAGUAGUCCCUGAAUCAAACCUACUCCGAUGCGAAGUCGGAGACGAGGUCUUAGGCCGUUCUAAAGGAGGAUUUGUAUAUUCUUCACGUUGUGGGGAUGUAUUUCCCCAGAAAUUGCGCUUACAGGUAGAAUCGUGCCCAGUAUGUGGCAAAGACUACGAUAAGCAAGAUAUUAUACCGUUGAAUCCGACAUCAUCGUCAGAACUCGACUUUUUACAAUCUAGAAUGGAGACUUUGAAGAAACACGGCCUAACACACAGCGGCAAGCCAUUAUCGAAGAGACAGAAGCGAUCCCAAAGCCCAUCUGCAAAAUCUCCUGGUAAGAAAAGAAAAUUAUAG